ACGCUAGUAAGCUAAGGUCAGUGUGCGUCUGCAAUUUGUACGUCCUCCUAAGGCGGGCGCACAACCACCAGCAGUCCACCUCAGUCGCUUACCCGAUAUAUCCUACAACAAAAAUCAUGACUGCCAAAUUUAGCCCCGAACGUUACGCGCGCGCGAAUGAUAAAAGUAGGCCCAUGAACAAAGAAGCGUUGAAAAUGACAAGAUUUCGAAAACCCACGAGCGAGUGCGAACAAAUGCUGGACAUCGGAUGCGGGACGGGAGACUUCACGAGGAACGUGCUGCUUCCAUGGAGCAAGCCAUGCCGCAAGAUGGUAGCUGUGGACGCAUUGCCGGGCAUGAUUGAAUACGCCAAGGCAAAUCAUCCGCACCCAGAAAUAAGCUACGAGGUCCUUGAUGCAGGUUCAAGAGACAUCUCAAAAUUUCUGGAAAAACACGGCAAGUUCGAUCGGGUUUACUCAUUCUACUGCUUGCACUGGAUCAAGGAUCAAGAUGUGGCUUUCACAAACGUCGGCAAAUUGUUGAAAGACGACGGAGAGUGCCUUCUUUUGUUCCUUUCUCAGUUUGUUUUUUACGACGUCUGGCAAGAGAUGGCAUCAAUGGAGCGUUGGAGGGACAUCAUUGGGGAUCCUUUGGAAAUCAUUCCGAAAUCCUGGAAUCGUGAUCCCAAGCCGAGUUUGAAGGAUGUAGAAACUUCUGUGAAAGAAAUGGUCGAAGACGCUGGAAUGGACACCAUAAGUUGCACUGUGUACCCCGAGACUCCCUGCGUCUUCAAGAACGCCCAAGGAGUUCUAGACAUGGUGCUUCCAAUCGUCACCACGAAGGACACUGCUUCGGAGGAGGAGAAGCAAAACAUGCGCAAGGAAAUGGCGACCAGGCUGAUCAACGCUUGCACAAAGACACCCGACAGCUGCUUUUUCCCUAUGGACAUUGUCAUUCUUCACGCUCACAACAAAUCCAAAGUAUGACGUUCAAGUUGAAACUCCGAGCGUGUCAGCAUCUAUCUAGCAGCGUCGUUAAAUGACAUAUACACCGAUUCACCAUAAACCUCAAAGACAACCCUUCGGCAUAAGCGUUUUCGUCAUUUGUACACAGCAUUGAUGUAGCAGAAAAUGCAAAUUAGUUUUUAUAGUUACCUCUGACUGUGAAUGAAAAUCUUCCGCUAAGGGGCCAACAUUGUAUUUCGUUUUUGUUUUGUUGUCGUUGAAAUAGAGCUCCCCGCGGUGGUGGGAUCCAGGGAACUUUUGAAACUGGUGUAAUGUCUCGAUCCGAAGUGCGGAAACCCGGGGCGUAGGUUUGAAAAAUUAUUUACAAAAGUGAGACAGACAAAGUGCCGAAGUUCCGCGAGUUCUAUAUGAAAUAAAAGCGUUUCACCAAUGAACUUCCAAAAAUUUUAAUUUGAGGUAUAUUCAAGGUUGAAUCAUGAUGAAAACAGAGCAAGCGCAUUUGGUCCCCCAACCCAUUUGGCGAGUUUUAAAUUCAUUAAAUAAUGAAUAUGAUGAUAUUAAUGCGGGGUUUCAUAGAACCUAUACUUGUGUUGUAUAAACAACAGUGAACAAAUAACCGUAAUCUCUUUGAACGGUUCUAAAGCGUCGUGAAAGUUAGAUUUGUGAAAGCAGAGGACGAAGCUGUAAAGUAUGUGUGUUAUUUGAGCAAUUGUUUACUCAAUACUCAUUGAUUUGUUGACGCUUGCACCUAUGAUUUAUCAGAGCUCUUCAUAAUUCAAGAGCGUUUUCAAAAACAACUUUUGACCUGAAAAUUGUUUGAGUGAAAGAUUAGCGAAAGUACAAAAAGGAAAACGAGAGUUUGACAAAUUGUUUUAUUGCUCUCUAGAAGUUUGUCAAAAGCUUGUGACUGCGGCGAGUUCCAGGACACUUCACUCUGAGACCUGUUCGUAGCCGAUGUUGGAGAUUUCGAGAUUCAGCGACCGACUCUUGCAAUGGAGGUCAGGCUAAAUUUGAAGACAUGAACACUGUGUCAAGGGCAAAGGAACUGGUUAUACAGCAGAGCAAAACGUUAGAGAGACCGAGCGGCGCAGAGUCCAGGGGCGUGUUUAGGCCGCGGUCAAGGUGGAUCAAGGGGAGCUGCAAGAUCAAGAAAUAAAAUUGUUCUGAAUCUGUU